AUGUUGACGAUUGUUACCAACAAUAGACAUAUAAUAAAGAAAUAUGAUAAGCCUUUUUCGAUUAAUUCAGAUCGGCCUAUGAUGAAUACUAAAUACAGGAUUUCAAAAUACUUGACGAGUGUAUUUUGUGGGUUACCUAUUGACAUAGAAACUAGAAACAAGUAUUUUUUAAGAAUACGUCAAUUAUUAUUGGAUAAACUUGUAGUUAUUGAAAAUAGAUUGAAGAACCAAGAAAAGAACAGGCAAACUACAACUUAUAUUAAAUUUAGUCAUGGUAGACGUACAUGGUAUUUGGGGUUCUACAUUCCAUGCUCAUUUUGUAGUAACGUCUGUGCUUACGUAAUGUCAAGAAAUAGAAAAGUUUGUCAAAAUUGUCGUUCGAAGGUGAUAGUAACUCCUACAUCUCCGCCGCAAAAUGUGUUUAAGAAUUUUAGUAAAGUUAAACAAGUAAUAAGUAAACGCGUUGGCGUGUCUUAUACAAAAAAAGUUUCGAUGGAUGGUGAAGCACGUAAAUAUGCAGUUACGUAUUCAAAUUUGCAGAUAAACAAGCAAUUUAAGACGUUGAAAGAACAAGAGAAGUAUAAAAAGAGGUUUAAAAACAACCUCAAGAGUAAUAAAAAUAAAUGGCAAGUCACUAAGGUUGCUUGUCUAAACCUUUUCAAAAUCCUACGAUUAGUUUCGCCAAAAUUUUACUAUAGAUUUAUUAUAGUUUCGGCAGAGUUUCAGCAGUUUCGACAUUUAUAA